AGAGGUGCAGGAUGGUGAGUUUACAGGCACUUCAAAACUCCCAUUCUCAGGUGCAAAAUUUGCUUUGUGCCAGCGCUCACCCGGGGACAUUUGGGAGAAGAAAGUCCGGCGACGGGAGUUAGAUUUCAGUACACAAGCGAUCACAUGCUGGUUGUGUCUUUGUCUUCAGUCAGGAGUGCCUAAAAUAUCUCUGUAAGCUGCUUAUGGCACUCAGCGGGCAGCAGCCCGCCUCCGUCCUGCUCCGUCCUGCAGCUUUCAUUUAAAAGCCCACGCUGAAGCCUGAGCCUGACCUCUGAACCUCUCGCACCAGUCUGGAUUCAAUGUGGGCCUAUAAAUUGACAGCAACAAGUCACCUGAUGGUUUAUGACUGCCAGAAUUAAACCCCUUAGCUUAGUCUUAUUCUCACUGCUGUUUGUCCAAAGAGAAGUUUUCUUUAUUUACAUCAAGGGUAAUGAAAUGAAGGCACGAUUGGAAACCAGUGAAGGUGUACCCACCUAAAAACCAUGAUUGUUCUGGUGCCUUCAUCAUUACAUAUUCAUACUAACAUUUAAGAAGCACACAUUUUGAUGGUUCUUUAUGAAAAGGUGCAGCCUUAAAUAUUUCAAUCAAUAGAGCUUUAUGAGUUUCAGCUUGGACCAAAUUAAUGUGACAAUAAGAAAAUUGGUGAGCUAAAAUCAUAUUAAUUGCUAAACAAGUUUUAGUAUUGCCACAAAAGGACACAGAGGGAUUAAACAAGCUGCUGGGAUGCUGUCAUAUAUAAACUCUGUAUAGACUAUUCGCUCAGACAGCUUGACACAAGAAUGUAAUGCAGAGCCUAGUGGUCACAAGUGGCAAUGCACAUUGAGGAAAUUCAAUUUUGGCCAUGUUAGGAGCUUCUUGGGUCUGAGUCACUCAGGAACCUGAGAACUGUCAUGGCAGUUGGUAAGGUGACCUUCACCAAGGUAGAGAGAGAAAAGCUAGCUGAGGUUCUCUGGCUUCUUAACUGGAUCUCUGUAGUGACAGGCACUAUCCUCUUCAGCCUGGGCUUAUUCCUCAGAGUAGAGAUUCACAAAUGGCAGGAAGUGAUGUCAGAACAGGGAAUCCUAUAUGUGGCACAUAUGCUGAUCACCACAGGACUGGCAGCCUGCUGUAUCAACUUCCUUGGUGGCAAGAUCUGCCUGGAAUGCACUGACACCAACAAGUUCCUGCGCUGGAAGCUGGUGAUGAUGCCAUACAUCAUCUGCACCUUCUUCUUCACCUCCUGCGUUCUGGCGGGGGCACUGAUGUGCUAUGGCAUCCGCAACCAGCUGGAGGAGUCCCUGUUCCUGGGCCUGAGGAAUGCCAUGCGAUACUACAAGGACACUGAUACACCCGGCCGCUGCAACCUGAAAAGAACUGUGGACCUGGUACAGAUUGAGUUCCAGUGCUGUGGGAACACCGGGUACCAGGACUGGUUCCAGAUCCAGUGGAUCAGCAGCCGCUACCUGGACAUGAGCAGCAGUGCUGUGGUAGACCGUAUGAGGAGUAAUGUGCAGGGGAAGUACCUGAUGGACGGUGUUCCCUUCAGCUGCUGCAGCACCUUCUCUCCUCGGCCCUGCAUCCAGCACCAGCUCAGCACUGGCUCGACCCACUUCAAGUACGACGUGCAGAGCCAGCAGCUGAACCUGUGGAGGCGGGGCUGCCGACAGGCCCUGCUGGAGCACUACACCAGCAUCAUGCAGUCCAUUGGCCUGACUGUGCUGCUUAUCUGGCUGUUUGAGGUACCGCAGCAUCAGGCUGCUGGUUCUGACAGGUGUCCGUUACCUGCAGACGGCCAUGGAGAACGUCCUCCGGCUGGGCGAUCCAGAGUCAGAAUCAGAUGGUUGGAUUCUGGAAAACAGCCUGGCAGAAACAGCCCGGACCAACUUUAAUAUCAUCAAGAACCUGGGGAAGUGUUACCAGGUCGACGACGACCCGAACAUCAACGUCCCGACUGCUGCCUCGGAGCAGGAGGUGCCAUCGCAGCAGGUCCAGGUCCCUGUGACCAGCUAGCAGCGAUGUGUGGAGUCACAUACGGGCGAGCUGUUCUGAACUCAGGCUGUGACUCACUUCAUUUUCCAGGAUGCCGUGUGGAUCAGGCAAAUACAUUUAACGUCAUCCCAGACACAAGAGCAUUCCCUGCUGAGUCCUCAGAGCUCUGCUGGAUUUAUGGCCUGUGCUCGGCCUUCAGAUCCAAAGUGUGAGUUUGAACAGGUUUUCCUCUGAUGAGUUUAUAGCUUUAUAAACGAACUGUUUAUGAUUUUUUAAUAUGAUGAGAAGAGUUAUUUUUGUACUUAAAAAUGAAUAAAAACACCAUGAAAGGGACACCACACUGGUACCUUUUGGUGUUUGUGUUUUUAUUGUACGUGUCUCCAAAGGAGUCAGAUCACUGAAAAACAACAGAAUGCAAUGAUGUGCACAUCAGUUAAAACCUUUAUUCAAAAUAAUGCAAAAACCAAAUGCAGAAACUGAGGAAAGUGUUUCAGCAGUGGAUGAAGAAACCACACUGAGCUCAUAUCCCAGCUGCAUGACUCCUGAACUGACCUGAAUACAGAUCAUCACCCACCCCCACCCGUCUGGAGCACCACGACGUCAAAAACAGCUCAAACUGUAGCCGUCGGUCUCCUCGCUUCCAGAUACGGGCCGAGAUUUCAAAGAGCAGCUCAGAUGCACUUCAUUCAAACACGUGGAACAAAUUAAAAUGAGCACAGUUUUCUUGUCUUUGGCCAUCUUUAAUAAAAAUGUAGGCUUUAAAUGAUGUGCUUAACGUUGCAGUCUGGAUAAGUCCAACAUUUUUGGAACUCAUUGUGCAAAUGUGUGACAAAGGGUGCCGCUACUGACCUUAAUCAUACACAGUGGUUUCAUGUCUAACUUCAUGUACUUCACACAGGAAAUGAAUGAACUGAUGAAGAAUUGUUUUAGAGCAGCAGGACAGCCGAGGGGUUUCCGCCACCAGGAGUCAAAAUGUGGAGGUGGUGGUCCACGCCUUAACCUUCAGGGGCUUUGCUCAUGUUUGAUUCACCAGCGCGGUCGUAAAGGAUGCAGGAGGACUUGCUGUGAAAUGUCUGAGGUCUCAGUUUUAGGCUGAAACAUGCUGAUUAUGACUGAAACAGGUUUGAGCUGAAGCUCUACUGUAAGCAGCAAUGCUCUGACUCUACCUUUACAGUUCUUAUUAAAUGAAAACCUAGAUAUUAAAGAUUUAACAAUAUUUUUUAUGUCCAGCAGAAAAUCUGAAUGACCUUUCACGUUUUCACAUACGGGCGAGUUCGUUGUUUUUUUUCUCUUUGAUUCUUGUUCUCGGGUUCAUGGCGGUGACCUGUGACCUUUCCCUCAGAGUCACAUCUGCUGUUUGAAGCCUGGGUUUCAUUCAUACACAGAUCUGCUGCUGUUACUGUUGCCUCGAGAAAAUAAAAUUAACCAAAAAAGGAAGUUUUUCUGUUUCCCAUCAUCAAACACUGAUUGCAGCUCUUCACACUCAGACUGCUGCUGGGCCUUUGUUUGCUCAUUUGUUUGUUUGUUUGCUCGUUUGUUUGUUUAUUUGCUUGUUUGUUUGUUUAGUUGUUUGUUUGCUUGCUUGUAUGGUUUUUGCAUUUGAUUGUUUAGUUGUUUGUGGGGUGGCUGUGACUCAGGAGGUAGAGCAGGCCACCUACCAGUCAGAAGGAUGGUGGUUCUAUUCUGGGUUGCAUGCCAAAGUAUCCUUGGGCAAGAUACUGAACCCCAAACUGCUCUCUGAUGCAAGCGUUGGAGUGUGAAUGUUAGACAA